CUUCAUCGCUUCAAGUCCUAGCUAAUCCUCACGCAUAUCUGCUCCUAAUACACUUUGGACUACUUCUAAACUAUUGCCAAAGGAAGUUUGCAAUCUCCUCAAGUACUUCCUCGGCCUCCGACAAAAAUUCAGCGAUACUCUCUUCUCGCUGAUCGACUUGCCGCCAACAGACGGGAUUGCCACCCACAGCCGGCUUGAACCGCAUUCUCAACAUACAAAGUGGAUUUAUUCUGGGCCGAGAAACGUGCGUUGGACGGGGAGGCAGGGAAAGCAGAGCGUCAGAAAAUGUUUCACCAAACUUCAACCGCGGCCCCUGCGUUAAGCCCCAAGUUUUGUUUCAAUGAAAGGGCACUCCGAGAAUUCCUGCGCCUCUCACGAUCGACGAUAGAUGAUUCGAUCACACAGAAUCUUAAUGCAUUGUAUACUCCGGCGCGGGAUGGUUUCGACCCCUCCUCAACGGCCGCCCGCCAGAUAGACCCCACGGCGGAGCGAACAAUCGACCCGGCAGCCUGCGAAGGCUUCAAGAAUAAAGUGCUGUUCCCGUCAUGGCAGGCGCGGUCAGACGUGCUCAGUUAUUGCGCUGGUGUGGCAACGAGCCCCGACCCGGAAGAUCCGGACCUUCUCCUGCGGGAAGUCGAGUCGGCUAAGGACCGCGAGCGCGUGGUCGACGAAAGACUCGAUCCUUACUCUGCGCGGUUCUUCCCUCGCGAACCACGCACGGAAUCCCUGGCAUACCUCGUUCGGUAUCAAAGAAGCGUUGAAGAUAUCAUUCGUGCGCGGACCUGGGGUCUUGUGACGGAGCGAUGCGAAAGCUCAUCAGAGAGCUGGGAGGAAGCGCUGAAUAAGUGGCGCGAAAGCAAACAACGACCAGUGAGGGACUUGUAAGAUUGUCCUUGGUUCCAGUCGAUGGAGUCUCGCUUGGGAGUCU